CCUACCAUGAAACAGAGCAGACCCUCCGGAGCAUUAAGAAUAACAUUUAGGUCAUUGAUCAAGCUUGUGCACGGCUUGCUCAAGACAGCCUUUCUGCCACUGUACAAGUACAAGAGGAGGAUGAAGAAGAAGGCUACGAAGACAUUGUGGAGCAGACAGAAGUUGUCACGAAAAUUUCCCGUGAUGAUCAUAAUCAGGAAUGUCCUGUUGUAGCCGACCACACAUUUCCCCAUUACACCUCGAGCUUUAAAGAAUUGGGCAUGAGCGAGGAGAUGCAAGCUGACCGCAUUGAGAACCUUUCAUGGCGACUUGCUCUCCAAUCCGUGCUGGAAGAAGAAGAGCGAGAAAGGGUGAGGAAAGAAGUUGUGGAGGAUGACGAAAGCAAAUCGGAAGGAGUUCUUGAUCUUUUCCAAGGGGAGAGACCACAUUCUGAAGAAGGAAAGGGAGUUUAGGAAGCGAUUGGCGUCCAGGAUGAGGACGAAGUUGAGGUGGAAGAGGCUUUCCACCGACCAUGAGUUACAUGUGAUAUCUCCACCAAACUUCGAGGAGUUGCUUGGAAAAGACCCAUAUGCAGUGUCUUUUUGCCAUACCAAGGCCGCAUCAUCAUUGGUCCCACUUGGUAGAUGCGAUGGUGGUCAAUCGAUGUUGUCAUAUCUGGUUUGGGUCAAUGCGACGAUAAAAGAAGAGAACAAUAGGUCUCGAGGGUGGAGACUUCAUCUGACUCAAGGGCACGAGCCAUCUUCAUCACCUAUCAUACCACCUGCUCGUGAUUUGAGGCUCCACCUCAUAGAUAAGAACCUCAACUUCAAAGAGGUUCUAGGGUGAACCAAAACUUAGGAUCCACCAUCCGGCUUAGGACGUGAAAGAAGCGCUCGUUGGGAGGCAGUCCAACCACUGGUUUGUUUUUAUUUACUUCUUUUUCUUUUGUUAUUUUUGGGUCACCCUUGUCGUCUUUUGUUCUGCUAAUGUCGGAGACCGUCUCGCCCUACCUCAACCUGCUCUUUACUGGUCUACCCUCCGGUCACCAUUCCCGAUCAUCAUUUCCCGGUAACUUCAUUCCCCUUCCCUCUGCUCCAUUGAGGGAAAUGUCGAACUUAAGUGUGUGUGUGUGGGGGGGGGGGGGGUGCAUUGUAAUUACUGGAACAUAUGUUUGUGCGCUUGGAGCCUAGUCCGCUGUCCAAAUCUCGAGAUUUGAGGGCUCUAAGUACUGAUGUUUGCAUGAUCAUAUUGGCACUGUGUUUUAUGUGGUGAAUCGAUUGGUUGUUACUAUUGAUGCAUGACAACUUGUUGGUGACUAGGACAACCUAUAAUGAUGACUGAGAAGUGUAGUAGAGUUGUGUAGGGGUCCAGUUUUUCAAUUGUCUGCUUACCAACUGUGACUUGGAUUGAUCACUUAUUUUUUACAGUCCUUUAUGCAUCUAGUUCAAGGAAUCAUAAUAUGAGAUAGAGCAUAUAGGUAGCCAUGUGAGAUUUGGGCCUGCUCGUUUCUUUCUUGUGCUAUAGAUCCUUCUUCCAUGAUGUGUAGCAUUCACGUUGCCACUAGUUAGGAUGAUGGAGGCAUAGAAUUAGCCCACGACCAAAUUGACUGUCCUAGUGUGUCAUACCCCCAACAUGCCCCUUUGAGCCAUGUAGCUUUCUUUCUUUGUGUCUACAAUGAAAAAUCACCCAUAUGCAUCUCUCUGAGGUUCCACAGAGUGGUUUGUGCAUGUUUUCUACUAUUUUCAGCUGGAAAUAAUAUGAGGGUUGGAGGUAGUUCUUAAAAUCUGGGCAUGUAUUUGCAAGGAUAAAAGAAUGUGCAGAAGUGGUGGUUCUCUCAAGAAAAGAAAAAAGAAACAAAUGAAAGCAAAAGAGAGCCAUACAAAAAUCUUAACCAUGCUCACCAACUAAAAGGCAUUUUCCCCAUGUCCAAGACCCUAGCUAGUCAUCUGAACCCGUGUCUUGGACCUCCUGACUAGUUAGUGGUGACAUCCGAUAUGUGAACUCUAGCAUAUAGAGGUUGACAUCAUGGUGAAGAGAUGUUAGGGAUUGAGAGUACGAGUACUCACAUCUUGCAUCAAAUUUUGUCCUGACCCCACUGGUCAAGAAUGAGUGAUCCAAUUUUCAUAUUAUAUACCCCGGUGAGGUCCUAGAUUGCGCAGUUUGAUUCUGAUGUCUUGAAUUUUAUGCAUGAGGUGAUUGUCUUGAAUAAGUGGUUGCGUCAAGUCUAUGUAGGUUGGUGAACAGAAGGGAGACUCUUUCUUUACUCGAUUUUGCUGCACUCGAAUGUCAUCUGUGGUGGUUGUCUAUGUUGCCAUUGAGAUUGUUCAUGUAUUGAUGUCUAAAAGCCAGUAUGAUUCACGUAUUUUGUGCCUAUAUGAUAUGUUCCCAAAGUUUGCAAGAUUAAAAUGUUUUGAGCUUACCUUGUAUCUGACUUGGUUUGCUAGGGGACAAGCAAACGGUUAAGUGUGGGGGAAUUUGAUAGCGUCGUAUUUGCACAUGUUUGCACCCUUGUUUCUUGACUGUUUAGCUCGAAUUUGUUGUUACUUGGCCUAUUUUACGUUAGGUUGUGCUAUUUUGUCACAUUUCAGGUCCUAGUAGGUAAAGGAAGGCUUAGGCGCAAGUUUUGGGUCGUUUGGAGAUGAUUUAGUGAUUCUUGAAACAAAAUACCGUCGUCCCCUACACCAAAUACGAUCGUAAUUCACAAAUUACUACCGGUAAUUUUUAUGCCGAGCAUGAUGAAGGCUCAGGUAUGAAUUACGUUAAAUUUUCCCAAAAAUACGAAUGUAUUUCUCCAGAGUCCAACUCAUAUUUUUAUGGCCGAGGCUAGCCCUUGAAGAAUGUUGAAGGAAAGAAAAUUACGGGCAGACGAAGACAAAAUACGACCGUAAUUUGCAAAAUGUUGCCGGUAAUUUUCAAAUACUGCCAGUAUUUUACCAGACGCGACCGUGGUUCUCUCCAUGUCAACUUAACCGAAACGCGCGUUUUGGGCAAAAUACGGGUAGAGGAGAAAUACGACUGUUUUCUUGCCCGUAUUUCACCCAGUAUCGGGGUAAAUAGGCAUAUUCGAGCCAAAGGAAGGGGAUUCCACUUUUUUAAGCAAAAAUAUAGUUCUAGAGAGAGAAAGUGACGAAAAACAAACCCUAGGAGCUAUUUGGUGGAUUUCUCACCAUUGAAACCCCGAUUGUGUCCUCAAGAGUGAAGAUUGACAUCUCAGAGCAGAUUAUUCUCAUCUUUAUGAGUAUGACUGCUUUGAUUUCUGUAUUCCUCUCUCUCUCUAUGGAGUAGACCUUUCUCUCACUUGGGUAUGUAGAACCCUAGUUCUACGUGUUAGGGAUCUUGAUUGCAAUGACUUUUGGGAUGAUUGAAUGAUUGAUUUUAAUUUAUUGAAGUGUGUUUAUUGAGUCAAUUGAAUCCUGAUCAACUUCUUUUGAUUUCUGCUUCAACCUGUGAUAGAUGGAAUCUGAAUAGGUUGUUAGAGCUUCUUCAAUCAAUAGGAGUGAAUUUUUUGUUUGAGAGUUAGUCAAUUCAUUGCUUUGUAUUGGAAUCUGUUUCCAGUAGUGGAGUUCUAUGUUAAUCGCCUUAGUAGUCUAUUUCGAUGAAGGCUAGUCGCCUGCCGGGUAUUCUGUCUAAGAGGGCUUGGUGAGCUUAAGAGAUUCCAAACUAUUUUCGGAUCUUCCGCAGUCUAAUCAACAGUGAAUCAACCAAAGGGAAUUACAACUUGAACCUAACUAAGGAUCUAGGGGGACUCAUUCCCGAGUGACUCCUCUCUUGCUUUAGAAAACCAUACAAUUUACUACUUUAUUUCUGCCUUAGAUUAGAAUCACAAUCACUCAACUCUUACUGCUAGAUAAUAGAAUUUCACAGAGUAGGCAGUAGAUCUAGACCACGGGUUGAUAAUUAAAGCUUACCCACUAUUCAGCAUUACCAUUCAUUGGUUACACUUGGCCAUUGUUUGGUGUUGUGUUUUAGCAAGUCACAAUAAUCCAGCUUAAUGGUAAAGAACCCAACUUCUUACUUUCUGGUACCGUUUGUUCCCAAUAAAAUAGAGAAUAAGGGUAGUAAUGAAGAAGCUGCAACUUAGACUUAGGAACAUUGGUGCACCUGUAGUAGAAGGGAUUGGGUGAGUUUUGCAUCUUCUAACGCUUUUGGUUGGUGUUGAUGCGAUACAGAAAUAAGAGCCAGAUGAAGUGUCUUACUCUUUUUAGAACUUGAAUCUUCCAAACUUGCUUCCAAAUGUGUUGAUCUUUAUACUUGGGGGUUGGAUAUGUAAGCUUAUAUACUGAUUUAACUGUGUAUUUGACAUUUGUUGUCGGUUUCCAUAGCAGGUUGUCACCUUCUUGAGCGAGAGGAUCAGUAGUUGUGGUCGUUAUCUCCUCCAUGAUGUUUCCAUAUCAGAAUUUCGGGAAUAGCUUAGUUCGCCACCCGACUCCCUCUUAAAGAUACUCCGAGACUGUCGUAUGAAGUUCUUCCUCCAGGAUUGUGGUCGUUUAAACCUCCAUGAGUGGUACCUGUUAACACCAAAUGUUAGUCUAGAAUUUUGUUCUUUACCAUUAAGGAUAUUCCAAACACAGCCUUUCCAAAGGAUAGGUAUUGCUUUGGAAAUACUUUUCCAGGUGAAAGAACUUCCCUGUUUAGUUUCAAAGAUCACAUGGUCGUCUUUGUUCAUUCCAUACUUCCCUCGAAAGACUUAGAUCCACAUGGGGUCUUUCUCUUUCAAUGUCCACCACCCACUCUUCUCCAAGAGCGCCAGAUUGAUACGACAAAGAGAUUUAUGUCCCGCUCCUCCACAAGUCUUGGGUUCUAGUAGCUUUUUCUAGCCAACAAGGUGUGAAUGCUUUCUCUCCUCUGUAGGGCCCCAAUAAAAAGCUCGAUUUAAUAUGUCAAUCUCCUUUCAAACAGAGGUCGGUAGAAGUUUCGUAUGCAUAGGAUACACAGGGAUAAAAGUAGAGAUAGAACGAGCCACAGACAAACGAGCAGAAAGGGACAACUUCUUAGCUUUCUAAGGCGAGAGAUUCUUCUGGAUAUGCAAUAUGAGGUCCCAGUAGCUAUCUUUGUUGACUCUUGAGUUGAUUGCUAUUACACCGAGAUACUUCCCAAGGUCGGUUGUAAGAGAGAAGCCAACCCGAGCACUCAGAUCUUCCGCCGUCUCUCGAGGGGUGUUGUGGGAGCCUUACAACAGAGACUUCUGGGGAUUCAUUUGUUGUCUAGAGCUGGCUCCAUACACUGUUUGAUUAUCAAAAGGAUCAUUAUGUUUUUGGGCCACCAAGAGAGAGAGUCGGGGGUUUCCAAAACUUUUCCUCAAUGGUCAGGUCAAAGUGAUGAGAUCAACGCUCCAUGCACUAAACAAAAAGGUAGGGGGAAAGAGGGUCUCCAUGGCGGACUCCUCAAAUAGGAGUAAUCGGGUCUGAUAGGUCACUAUUCCAAGAGAUUUGCAUCUUGUUAUUCUCCACAUAAUACAUGAUACAGUUGAUUCAGGAACUUGGGAGGCAUAUCUCCGUGAGUGUAUCUCUGAGAAAGUCAGGUAGGUUGGUAAAUUAAGCUACACUAUUGUCUCAAUUUCUCACUGCAUCACCACAUGUUGAUUAUAAUAAAGAGCUGAUAAGUUA